GGAUUAAUCAAAUCCGACACAAUGAAUGAAAGAACACAAAUUUGAAUCGAUUGGAAACGUCGGAUUUACCCGAUAGUUGGGAAGUUGAAAACCGAUUGACUAUGGUGGAAUGAUGCAGAAAACUUUGGACGAGAUUUAUGAAACUACCAACGUUAGCGUAAAAUAUGUUUAAAAAUAAGCGAAUGUAAAAGAAGUUCGUUUGAGUUUUAAGUUAUCUUUUCGUUACAACUAAAAGGGUAUAUUGUAUGUGGAAUGGUGAAGUUUAGAGUAUAAUAGGAUACUGCAUAAUUUUUUACAGUUGUUGCUGUAGGAAGGUGUGAAAGCACUGAAAGGUGUCCAAAAGACAGGAAUACUCGCCACAAAUAGAACAAGAUUAUUUACUAGUCAAUUUUUGUUCACGGAGCAGCAUUGGACACUCACGGGAACAUGAGAAUUUCAAAAUACAUCUUUUUCUUCCUGACUCUUAUCACAGGUUGUUUUGGAACUCGAGACGAGGAAAAGUUAUAUCGAGUGUUGUUUUCCGAUUACAAUCCAUGGAUACGACCAGUGGAAAAUGCUAAUGAUAGUGUCGUCGUGGCUUUGGAAUUGUUCAUGUCCCAACUUGUAAAAGUCGAUGAAAUUAAUCAGAUUAUGAUGACAAAUCUAUGGUUAAAACAAGAAUGGUUCGAUUAUAAAAUGCAGUGGGAUCCAAGUUUAUAUGGUGAUGUCAGAUAUCUUAGAAUUCCAUCGGAAAAUAUAUGGAGACCUGAUAUUGUUUUAUACAACACUGCCGUUGGUAGAUUUCAAGUAGAGCAGACAACAAAGGCAUUGGUACAUUAUACAGGUAGCAUAACGUGGACUCCUCCAGCUAUUUUUAAAAGUUCAUGUAGUAUUGAUGUCUCAUAUUUUCCUUUUGAUACACAGAAUUGUACAAUGAAGUUUGGCUCUUGGACAUAUGACAAGGCAAGAUUAGAUUUGCUCAUGUAUAGUAAUAAAGUUAACAGAAAAGAAUAUUGGGAAAGUGGAGAAUGGGAGGUGUUGGAUGCAUCUGGUUACAGACACGAAAGAAAAUAUAACUGUUGUCCAGAGAUUUAUCCUGACAUCACCUAUUCGUUUUAUAUUCGGAGAUUGCCACUGUUUUACAUGAUCAACUUGAUAAUUCCGUGUCUUCUCAUCUCUUUCCUCAGUGUACUUGUAUUCUACUUACCAUCAGACUGUGGAGAAAAAAUUACAUUAUGUAUUUCUGUAUUACUUUCACUCACCGUUUUCCUUCUGGUCAUUACUGAAAUCAUUCCAUCUACGUCAUUGGUAAUUCCAUUAAUCGGAGAAUACUUGUUAUUCACGAUGAUAUUUGUGACUUUAUCGAUCGUUGUCACUGUAUUUGUUUUGAACGUUCAUCAUCGAUCUCCAAAUACACAUGAAAUGCCAGCAUGGAUGAAGAAAUUGUUUUUAGAUAUCUUGCCAAAGAUACUGCUCAUGAAACGCCCGAAACCAAAGCGAAGUGCUUUGCGAGAUCUUGCAAAAGCAACUCUUGGAAACGGACGAAGAACUCUACAAACCGAGUCAUACAGAGAUAAAAUCAGAUCAUUGCCGACACAGGAUGGACAUAAAGCAGGACGGUCCGAAGAAACCACACAGCAUUGUUUUUCUGCGGAUGUGAAAAGAGCAAUUGACGGAGUAACUUACAUUGCUAAACAUAUGCAAAAAGAGGACGACGCCAGUGAUGUCGUCAAUGACUGGAAAUACGUUGCCAUGGUUAUCGAUCGAAUUUUUCUGUGCAUAUUUGUGAUCGGCUGCAUUAUUGGAACCACAAGUUUGUUUCUACAACCGAUGCUAAAGAAUGAAAGACUGGCUUUCCAACAUAAACAAGCAAACGAAAACGGCAAAUUCAGUUUACCAACGCACUGAAAAUUUACAAACCAAACUUCAUAGUUCGUGCAUCGAAAACUCUUUCUUAACCUCCUUGAAGGGUGCAAGUACAAGUAUUUUAUUUAACCCCGACGUGUAUGGAGCAUGUUAUCACACAGUUAAUCCGUAGUACUACUUUGCUUGUGAAUCCGAAUUGGGACAUUUCAUGUUCGUUCACGAAGUUCAACUAGAGUCCAGCAUCUAAGCAGUUUACGAACUGAGUUGUUUAAGUAGUGGCUCUGAACACCCACCUCUGUUGUUGCCUGAAGGUCUAAGUUUCAUGUUUGGUAAAACACACACACACUUAAUGCGUUUGUGCGAAAACAACUGAUAUGGAUUUAGAAUUAGUAAGAUCAGAUUAACGCUUAUUCAAUUAAAAAGACUAGCACACUAAAAAUAAAUCGCAUUCGAUUAGUUACCUUCAGAGACAUUUUCCCACAGAAGUAAGUAUUUUGGAUUUCGAUCUAUAAAUAUAUAUAUAACUGUAAUUUUCAAGGCCCAAUGAGCAGAAGCUUUAAACUUUCUAUGCGCUGUCUAUACUUGAAGCUCUUAUUAACUUCUCAAUGACGAUCUACUACAAAUAGUUUAUUCUCACUAUAAAUACAUAAGAAUGCAACAAAUAUACAAUAUUUACUAUAAUAGAAUAGUAUGGUAGUACAUAUGAAAAUGAAUCAAUAUCUGCUCAUGGUAUAAUGUUAUGUCUAUCUAUUGACCUUAUUUGAACUACAAAUUUGUCUAAUAUUCGAUGGCUGUUGGUAUUGUAAUCAACAAAUAGGUUCAGAGCUUGAAUGAUUUCGAAAAGUCUGAUAUUCGAAGGGGCAAGUAUUAUCUGCUAAGCUAUUGUUGCUUUAGCAAUACAAUCAAUAUCAUUUGAUACUUUUUUGAAUUAAACUGUAAUAAAAUAUAAAACAUUGAUAUUAUUUGAAAAAAGAUGUUUCUGUGAUGGAGAGGUACGAUAUAUUAUUUAUAUUUACGCAAAUGCGGACUACGACUUUAAUUACAUAAUAGGUAACCUAUGUGUUUAAAAUACGAGUGUACAUAAAAAGUGCAAGCCAAUUUCAAGCCAUGCUUAUAAGCUAUAGUUCGGAUGCUAUGCAUUCAUAUGAAGAUGUUUCUGUGAUGGAGAGGUAUGUUAUAUUAUUUAAAUUCACGCAAAUGCGGACUUAUGGUUCGACUUUAAUUACAUAAUAGGUAACCUAUGUGUUCAAAAUACGAAUGUACAUAAAAAGAGCAAGCCAUGCCAUGCAUAUAAGCUAUUGCUCGGAUGCUAUGCAUUUAUAUAAAGCAAAUAUUGCAAGCAAAAAUGGUAAAGUUCAUUUUGGACAGUGGACAUAAUAUAUUGAA